CGGGGCUUCCUCUGGCUAGGCCUACGCGAGCUCGAGACUACUAGCGCGAGCGCCGCUCCGCUGUGCCUGCGGCUCGUUUCUAUCCCGAACCGCUGGAUACUAGCGCCUUCUCGUUGGUUUCUGAGCGCUGAGGUGUUAAGGGUUUUUGUAAAAACCGUUUCCCUUUUUUCUAUUUUUUUUUUUUUUGUCUUUUCUGACUUUCUUGUAGAAUCCGCAGCUUUUGCAGUAUUUUAUCUUCACGUCCAGAGCAACUCGGGUCGGAAUGGUCUGACACGGGAAGGACACGGUGACGGUAUAUCUCUGCCACAGCGACGAAUGCACCCACUAUUGUUCCUUUGACGAGUUUUAUUUAAUCUAUCGCAGUCAGCGAGCUGCUUGUAACGGCUACAACGGUUCUGAGGCGAGCUGGUGUCCCCCGGGCUUCUGCGGUUUCCCAUUUAAAACCGCUUCAUUGGACGGUUCUAAUCCGGGAUCUUCCUCAGCUCCUCGCGCCGUCGGUCGAUGGAAUAACGGCGGGCAGAGCGACCCGAGGAGCCACCACUACUACACUGCCUUUUUAUUACGCGCCUUCUCCUCGGCUUCACAGCGGCUCCCACACCACGUCGGCCUCUCAAGUGGGAACAAGGUACCUCUGUUGUAGGUCUGCUGCCUGCCUGCCAGCCCAAGCCACCCCCUUCUCUCUGGCUCUGAUGGUACGAGCUGACCUGUGACACCCCCCAGGAGAGGACACCCAUAACCCCUUCAGCAUGUCUGGGAUCCAGACAACAUGGCCGCCUGGAACGGAGUGUGUAGCCAAGUACAACUUCCAGGGCACAACAGAGCAGGAUCUACCUUUCAGCAAGGGUGAUGUCUUAACCAUCAUCGGAGUCACUAAGGACCCCAACUGGUACAAAGCCAAAAACACAGUGGGGAGAGAGGGCACUAUCCCUGCCAACUACGUGCAGAAGCGGGAGGGCGUUAAGUCAGGCGGCAAGCUCAGCCUUAUGCCAUGGUUCCAUGGGAAGAUCACCCGUGAACAGGCUGAGCGGUUGCUUUACCCUCCAGAGACGGGCCUCUUCCUGGUGCGGGAGAGCACCAACUACCCUGGGGACUACACACUGUGCGUCAGCUGUGAGGGCAAGGUGGAGCACUACCGCAUCAUCUACCACAACGGCAAGCUGUCCAUUGAUGAAGAGGAAUACUUCAACAACCUCAUGCAGCUUGUUGAGCAUUACACCAGAGAUGCUGAUGGCCUCUGCACUCGACUCAUCAAGCCAAAGCUUGUGGAGGGGACAGUAGCUGCCCAGGACGAGUUCUCCAGAAGUGGCUGGGCGCUCAACAGGAAGGAGCUGAAGCUUCUGCAGACCAUUGGGAAGGGCGAGUUUGGAGAUGUGAUGGUAGGAGAUUACAGAGGGACAAAGGUGGCGGUCAAAUGCAUCAAACAUGAUGCCACUGCACAAGCCUUCAUUGCUGAGGCCUCUGUUAUGACGCAACUACGACACAACAACCUGGUGCAGCUCCUAGGGGUAAUUUUGGAGGAGAAGGGCAGCCUCUACAUUGUUACAGAGUACAUGGCCAAGGGCAGCCUGGUGGAAUACUUACGUUCACGGGGCCGGACUGUGCUAGGCGGGGAUUGCCUCCUGAAGUUCUCCCUGGACGUAUGUGAAGCGAUGGAGUACCUAGAAGCCAACAAUUUUGUCCACCGAGACUUGGCGGCCCGCAAUGUGCUGGUGUCUGAAGACAAUAUUGCCAAGGUUAGCGACUUUGGCCUGACUAAGGAGGCGUCAUCAACACAGGACACAGCUAAGCUGCCUGUGAAGUGGACCUCGCCCGAGGCCCUCAGGGAAAAGAAGUUCUCUACUAAGUCUGAUGUGUGGAGCUAUGGCAUCCUCCUGUGGGAGAUCUACUCCUUUGGGCGUGUACCUUAUCCCAGAAUUCCCCUGAAGGAGGUUGUGCCUCGAGUGGAGAAGGGCUACAAGAUGGAUGCCCCAGAUGGCUGCCCGCCAGUCAUGUACGACAUCAUGAAGCAGUGUUGGACCCUGGACCCUGUGUUGCGGCCCAGCUUCCGCAUGCUGAGGGAGAAGCUGCAGCAUAUCAUGGCCAAGGAGCUCUACCUGUAAAGAGGUCACCCUGAGAGGCUCAGAAGGAGCAGGAGAGCAUCUGCCUUGACUGGGGGUGGGGGACAUACCCAAGACCCAUACCAGUACUCUGGGACUUCAGACUCCCCCCAGCUCUGACACUUGAGACCCCCUGACCUUGAUUUGGUUCUAUAGCAUAUUCCAGAAACCAUUCUUUCUCUUUCUUUCCCUGUCUCACUCACAGGUAUGGCAAGGAUGGGGGGAUAAGGCUGGCCUUUUCUUUCAUACCUUGUCACUUCUGGAAACCCCACCCACUAAUCCUCCUCCUCCCCUUCGUAUGGAGCUGGUCCAAGCAGUGUGCUUUGCCCCUGGGGCACACUGUGUGCGUGCGUGUCUGUCUGUGUCUGUUGUUCUGUCAGAACGUACACGUGUGUGCCUGUGUUUUGAGGGGUGGGGCUGAGGUCUUUACCUUGUGCCCAAGUGCCUCCAGACCGCUGAGGUCCAGCCUCCAUCCUCCCCCCUGGCCCUGCUCAUUUCCUUCCACAGACUGUUUUUAUUCUUUUUUUAAAUGAUUUUUUUUAUUAUUAUUUUUCAGUUUAUCUGCUUUUGUCCCUCUCCUGCCUUGUGGGGACAGACUCUGCCCCACACUGUCGACAUGGAAACCAGACCAGAGAAACUUGAACUCGGUGGCCGGGGAGGGGGGGGGGGGGGCGGGGGUGCUUUGAUUCAUAAAAUGUUGGUUUGUUUUAUAUUGCAAAUAUAUAUACGGAAGAAUAAGACUUAAAAUAUGACAAAAGACCCAAAGAUUGCUGAAAAGGCAAAAGUAAUAUGUUACAAGUGUACCCGUGAACCCCUAGCGGGCUGUGCAUGCAGUGGGGCCUUGGUUUACUGUCAGUGCUAUCAAUGUCCAUUGUUUUAUUAUGCUGCCAUGAUUACAAAUAAACCAUUUAUGUCUGACCGGUUUGGAGAAUACGACAAACAUAAAAAAUACAGAAAAAAUACAGAA